AUGAAUGCUUGGGUGUUUUGUGUGGAAGUUUGUGUCUCAGGAAGAGUUCACACUGUGGAGAAAAGAUACACAGAGUUUGAGGAACUCCAUAAACAGUUGAAGAAAAUUGAAAAAACACCAGAAUUCCCUCCAAAGAAGAUUAUGAAAUGGAAUCAUAAAGUUUUAGAACACCGACGUGUGGCUCUGCAGAAAUAUCUACAGGGAGUCAUGGACUCUGAGAGCAUUCCAAAGUGUUAUCUAAAGUUUUUAGAAAUCAGCAUGCCAGCAUUUUCUGCAAGCUUUGACUCACUAGAUGACUUAAAUCUCAGCUCAACUGUUGUCCAUCAGCCUGUGGUGUCUUUUGUGGGAGAAGCAUUUUUACAAGACAAUUCCAGAAGUAGCUUACCGGACAUCAUUGUACAGGGUGUGAAUCGUGGGCUGUAUUCAUACCCUGAUGAUGUGUAGUCCAGAUCUCAGAUAUUGUCACAGUACAAGUCAAUUUUUUGUUAGUGUUUGGAAAUCUCUCCCAGACAGAGAACAAAUCAAGCAUCCUGUUGUCAACUUUCAGUGAAGGAGCUAUCAACAAUCUGAUUCCACUUUUAAUUUUGUCUGUUAGAAAUUAUUUUUUAAAAUUUUACCUAAUAUUUUUUCCAAAGAGAAUUUAUGGCAAUAUUGAUAUUGGAAUUCAUAGUUCUUUGAUGAUAUUUUAGAACAAAGUCAAUUUUAUUGCUAUUAUUUAUAAUGCUUUAAUUUUUUUCACUCAGAUAUUUUUCAAUUAUGGUGAUACCAUUCAUGUUUUUCAUGGCACGAAAUACUCAGAAAUGUAUGUAUGUAUGUUACUCAUUUUUGAAUCUGCCCUGGUCAUAUAUAUGAAAUAUACUUGAGUAUGAAGUAGAACACAAAUGAAAUAAAUGAAUAAAUAAAUAAACACUUUUAAAUCUAAUUACAGUUAUAUCAUUUUAACCUGUUUUGAACACAGAACUUGAAAAAGGAAAUUUCCUCCUUAUCAACUCAAAUUUUGUGCAUUAUUAUUUUGGUGUUUCCUCCCACCAUAAUGCUGGCCGCCGUCACAUAAGUGAAAUAUUCCUAAGUAUGGCGUAAAACACCACUCAAAUAAAUAAAUAAAUCCUUAAUUACACACUACUUGUAUAUGUGUGUAUUUUAGAUGAGGUAGCAAGUUUGUCACGCAUGUAUAAAUUAUAGCUUAACAUUAUCUAUUCAGAAAAAAAUAGAAUAGUAACAGUUCGGGGAUAGACUAAAGGUGAAGUUGGCCAUCCAGCUUUUUUGGUCUUUGUUUGGUAACUGUACAAUUUUCCAGGUGUGUUUAUUAUAAAUGAUUAAAUUUGCUCAUCUGUUUAAUACAAGAAACAGAUGUAUACGUAUACAUUUUACCAAUUACAAAAAAAAUUUCUCAUUUACAACAAAUUUGACAGGGUGAAAGGUCCACAAAAGAUAUUCCUUUUUUGUUGUUUUAAGCUUUAUGUGGAUGAAUGUGUAUCUCUGGUUUACAAAAGCAUUUUUCAAACCAGCGGUAGGCCUAUUAUUUUAGUCAGGUUUAUUAACACACUGUAUUUCACCUGUAUUUUGGCAUGUAAAAAAUAGGCUUUCAGAUGUUCAUAUGGGCGUUAAGAUAAUACUUUUGAUGCCAAUUCUUAAGUUUUUCUAAUAAGAAAUUAAUCAAACUCCUAAGUGGGGUAAUAUGGUGAAUGAAGCAGAACGUGACAGUUGAAGUAUGCCAAACUUUAGAAUAAAUGCAGUGACUACUUUCACAAUAGGUUUAUAGUAUGGUUAAAGCGUACACUGUUUCCUAAAGCGUAAAGUAUAAAUGCAAAUUUUAUAGUUACUACCUGGACGUUACAGAUUUGUUCACUGUGUCAUACCUUGCCCUAAACUUUGUCUUGGCAAAACAUUGAGAACUUGUUCAAAAGAUAUUGUUGUGGUUUAUAAAAAC